AUGUCCGUCAAGCAAUUGCUAGGCUUUCCCAAGUCGAAUGGCUUUAGUGCCCUGCCUUCCUCCAUAGCUGAGCCAUCAUCAGCGACAGGCGCGACACGGGCUCGUGAACCUACUCGAAUUCGAGCAUCUGGACCAGAAGCACCCAUUGCUAAGCCUCCUCCGGAUGCUCGAAAUUUCGUGCGACGUGUCCUUGAAGGAGAAACCACCAGAUUCACCUACGAAAGUGCCUAUGGUGCUUGCUUCUACUCCGUCUGCGUUGAAGAUAACGGAGCCCAGCUCUAUCAGAGAGUGAAAGAAGAGUUAAACAGAACAACUACACAACUCAGAGGGGACAUAUACGCGAUGGAAGCGCCAAAAGAUGCAGACGACGCAGAGAAAUGGAUCGCAAAAUUCGUGGACAAGUGCACUUCAUUCGAGAAACAAGUUGCUUUGCUGCAGUCCUUAUUCACGCAUCUUGAUCAAGUAUAUGCUCGACGCACUCAGAAUGCCUCUAUCCGCGAGGUCGCAUUCUCUUCCUUCUCCAAUUCAAUAUUCACGGAACGAAGAAUGGUAGAAGCCCUUCAUAACUCCGUCCGUAUUCUCGUCAAUGCGGACCGCGAAGUUGGCUCCAAAAAGACAGACCGCAUACCCGCUCUAAUCGGCCAUCUCCGUACGCAUAAGCAAUUCUCGUCCUUUGAAAUACGCUAUCGUGACGCGGCAUGGGAUUUCUAUGAGAAGGAUUCCGAAGAAUUUAGGAAAAAGCAUAAAGACGAACCAAAACUGUUCUUUGAGCAUGUCCGAACACAACUAAAGAACGAAGUGGACCGUUCAGAGAAGCUUCUUCCUUUGGGGAGCUGGAAUAUGGUGCGGGAGGCAGCCCUCAAGGCCAUGCUAUCCGGGAAGAUGGUAUGGAUUGCGGAGGGAGCACUGGGAAGCUAUCUUGAUGCGCAGGAUUUCGAAAAUCUGAAGCUGAUGAACGAGUUCUUCUCAGUUGCGGACGGUUCCAAGCUUAUGUGUGACGCCUUCAAAUCUUACAUCUUGAAAUCCGUUCAAGCCAUCGUGAGAAACCAAACAGAAGAUGACAAGAUGGUCGAGCGAUUGCUCAAGUUACAUUCACUCGCAAAUAAGGCCAUCCAACAAUGUUUUAUCGAAGUCCCCCUUCGGGUUACCCAAGCUGAUACAGAUGUCCAAUCCACAAGCUCUGUACCAGCGACGCGUCCGAAACAAGAUUUCGUUUACGCCUUGGCCGAUGCCUUCCAAAUGGGAUUCAGAGCACGGCGCAACAAGCCCGCGGAAAUGAUUGCUCGCUAUCUCGACAAGCUUAUGCGAAAAGGACAAGGGUCGCAGUCUAAUGCUCAAUACGAAGCACAGUUGGAUCACGUUCUCGGUCUAUAUCGCUACACUGACGACAAAGACGUAUUCAGAGGUUUCUAUUUGCGGGCCCUGUCUAAACGUCUACUGCUUGAGAAGCAUGCCUCCACUGAUUUCGAGAUUGCGGUGCUGAACAAACUGAAGAAAGAAUAUGAUCCAGAGUUUAGUGCCGGCGCCGAGAUGUUCAGCGAUCUGACUCUGUCCAAUGAACUAAUUUCCGAGUAUCAUCGGAAGCUCCCACUGAAAGGCGACGGACGGAAGCUGAAGGUCAUGGUGCUAAAACAAGGCGCAUGGCCAUAUUCGCAACAACCGCAAGGAAUCACGCUACCAGUUCAAAUGCAAGAACAGUUGAACAAAUUCGAGCUGUUCUACAAAGCUAAACACAAGGGAAGGACACUUCACUGGCAGUCUAGCGUGUCUACCAUGACGCUCGUUGGUCAUUUUCAAGAGAAGAAAGAGCUCUCCGUCAGUUUGUUCCAAGGCACGAUAUUGCUACUGUUCAACGACACUUCCACGUUAUCCCUCACCGACAUUGCUGAAGCAACUGAACUUGAGGAUGGGCUCCUGCGUUUAACUCUGCAAAGCUUGGCCUGCGGAAAGAAGCGUGUUCUACGCAAAGAGCCCGUGGGCAAAGACAUCAACGAUGGCGACAUUUUCCACUUCAAUGAGAGGUUUACCGACCCGUCGUUGAAAGUCCAUAUCAACUCAAUCCAAGCCAAAGUUUCGGCUGAAGAAUCAAAGCAAACCCAAAACGCGAUUGACGGAGAACGGAAUGCCUCGCUCGAUGCUGCAAUUGUGCGCAUCAUGAAGUCAAAAAAGGAGAUUAUGCACCCCGCGCUACUUACGGCUGUGAUCGACGCUGUGAAGAGCCAUUUUACACCAGAUGUCUCGACUAUCAAAGGGCGGAUUGAAAAGCUGAUUGAGCAGGAGUACAUGAGGCGCGAUGAGGUCCAGCAGCAAAAGUUCAUCUAUGUCGCGUAG